GCGGCUCCCUCCCUCCCUCCGGCUGGGGGCGGCGGGGUCGGCGCUCGCCGGGAUCCCAUUCCUCCUCCCUCGGUGCAUGGUCGCGACGGGAGCGGGGGAGGGCGAGCCCGGCGGGCACGAGCCGGAGGCGGCGGCGAGAGCGGAGCGCCAGGGCGGAGGAGCCGCCGCUGCUGGGCGGAGGUAUUGCCAGGCGUUUGAAGUGGUUGACCAAGACCUAAGGACUUGGAACAGCGGUGUGUGAUGUCAAACAGUGGGCAGUCCUUGUGGCCUCCCCCCCCAGCCUGCAGCGUCAUGUGCCAGUAUGAAUAUUAAGAAAGAGAAGAGCACUCCAGAGCUCAGCAUCCCAGACAGAAAAAAGGAGGAACUAAACGGAGAGAACAAAUGACUGCACUGCUUGCAAAACUUGGGGCUGUUCACUUUUUCUCUAGACAAAUUUCAUCUUGGCCUUUGUGAGAGAACUGAAAGAGCAAGUAGAGCAGCCACAGUGAUUUUCUUUGUCUUUUUUUUUUUUCUUUAUUUAAUUUUUUCCCCCUUGUGCCUGGAUUUUAAGACUGUUGGCUGCACUGAUCGCAAGCACUGGACAUCAAUAUGUGUCAUGUUAUUGUAACGUGUCGGUCAAUGCUGUGGACUCUCCUGAGUAUUGUGGUGGCUUUUGCAGAGCUCAUCGCUUUCAUGAGUGCAGACUGGCUGAUUGGCAAAGCAAAGACUUCAAGCUCCGAGGAUGUGGAUAACAGAACAGGGGGGUCGCAGGAGCCUUAUCAUCCGACGCUGGGCAUCUAUGGGCGCUGCACCAGAAUCUCCCACAUGCAGCUUUCUAGACGAGACACGCUUUGUGGUCCUUACGCUGAAAACUUCAGUGAGAUUGCCAGUGGGUUCUGGCAGGCAACCGCUAUUUUCCUAGCCGUGGGAAUCGUGAUUCUCUGUGCUGUGGCAUUCGUGUCUGUCUUUACUAUGUGUGUGCAGAGUAUUAUGAAGAAAAGCAUUUUUAAUGUCUGUGGGCUGCUACAAGGGAUUGCAGGCCUCUUCCUUAUUUUAGGCUUGAUACUUUACCCUGCGGGUUGGGGAUGCCAGAAAGCAAUAAGCUAUUGUGGACCUUACGCUUCUGCUUACAAACUGGGAGACUGCUCCUUGGGCUGGGCUUUCUACACAGCUAUUGGUGGCACUAUUCUGACGUUCAUCUGUGCAGUCUUCUCGGCGCAAGCUGAAAUAGCCACAUCCAGUGACAAAGUGCAAGAAGAAAUAGAAGAAGGAAAAAAUCUUAUCUGCCUCCUUUAACUCCAGUGGGGAAAAAUACCAGCGCUUGGAUCUUAAUCUGCUUUCCAUUGACUGGACAAGCAGAUCGGCUUCCCUGUUUCUACUAUUUGUGUGACUGAGCCCCAUGCAUUCCAGCCCUGAACUACUGAAAUGGUCUUUCUUCCUUGCUGGGCAAUGAGGAUCCGAGAAAGGAUCCCAAGAAAGCAGAAUGUAAAUAACUGGGGAUUUUUUUAGUUUCAUUCUAUGAUCAGGACACAGUGGAAUAUAUUAGUCUGGCUGGGGAGGUAAUGAAUCAUGUAUAUAGCAGGAAUGUUGUUACAGCUGACAAAUUCUGAUUGAUUGGAUUGCCUUACCCACCUUGGUCACUUUGAAGAAUUUGGAUUUAAAAUAAUGAAAGCCAGCACAUAUUUUUCUUUGAUACAAAAGAGAAGCCUAUUUUAAUUAGGCUUUGUUUCCAAGGGCUCCCCUCACCUGUGAAUAUUUCACCACCACCUGGUUUGGUACCAUACUUUUCAUUGAGGUGCUUUUUGAUAUUGAACUUCCUUCAAGUACAGUGCCUUCUUGAAUGUUAAGUGUAUGUUGGAGAGAGAAAAGCUGACAUGACACAGUUUACACCAAUCUUUAAGCAAAAGUUGAGUCCCUGCCAGGUUUCUUUGUCUUGAAACUUACAGUUCAAGGUGUGUACCACUUGGUACUUAGGAGGAAAACUAUUUUGUUUCCAUUGACUAGACAGAGAAGCUGUUGCUACACUGGCUUUCACCUGAUUUGGAUAAAAUUGUUUGGAAUACCCAUUGUUAGAAAUAUUUCUACAGCCUUUAUUAAAACUCCUGAAAUCUCAAGCAGAUGACGGCUCUCCACACAGCUGUGGAGAUACUCGCAAGAUAAUGCCAACAGCCCGGCCAGGGCUGUAGCCUCUCCUACAAACGUAGAUUGCACGUUGGACUUCCAGCAGUAUUAUUCCUUCUCUUGCCAGUGGAAACCUCAUUCCUGUACUACAGAUCAGUCUGUCUGAUGACCCAGAGCCACAUGAGUCCUUAAGAAAUUUACAUUUUUCAGGAAGUCUUGCCAAUUCUACAUGGCUGGGAAGAUCUCUUUCCCUUUUUUUUUUUUUUUUUUUUGAACCACGUGUAGUAUGGAUCCUUUUCCAACUAAAUCAGCAGAAAUAAAACAGGCCUCACCACAAAUGACAUUCCUUUCUCAAAGGCAGUUGGUUUUAUUACUUGUGUUGCAUCACUUUCUAGAACUACUUCUGAAAACACAAGGUAUUUCAAAGGAAAGAUGCAACUGUGCUAUAGCAGCACUGGGGAUAAUUAAUCUCAGAAGUAGUUCUAAUGAAAUACUGAGCGAACUUUGGACUCUUGUUACUUCUUGGUAAUCUAACAUCAUCCAGUGAUGAUGUUGCAGUCCAUCACUUCACUGUAUGAUAUGAUGAUAGUUAUGCCUGGUCGGUCCCUUAAAGUGUGCCAUUAGUUAUUUAUAGGCAUUUAAAAAAUCAUGGUUACUGUACAGGUAGGUAGCUGAUUUCAGUAUGCUGCUCAAGGCAUGCGCAAUACAGGAGCUGUGCAGCAGUCACGGAGCAGGGGCCGGACCGGAGCCGGAGCCGCCCCGCUGUGCCGGCGGCUGGCGGAGGGAGCAGCCGGGCCGGGCAGCGCGCACAGCGCGCAGCGGCCGUCCCGCACCGCAGGCAGCCGGCGUGGUCCGCACCUGCAGAUGCUGAAAGGGGAUUUGUUUUACUCUUAAUUCAGCCUCUCCUUGCAUUCACCCGCGCCUGCACCCCACAUCCACCGUAUUCUAGUUUAAAACGGGUAAUUCAGUUUUAAAUAUUUAAUUGCAAAGAAAAGGAAAAAAAAAAAAAAAGAAAAAAAAAAAAGCUGCGGUCUGGAGCCGCUCCCGCCCGCCGCCUGCGCCGAGCGGCGUUUUCACAGCCGAGCGCGAUCGGCGCCGCUGCUGGGGCGCCCGCUUCGUCCCCUGCCGGAGCACGGCGCCCCCUACUGGCGCCCCCUGCCGGAGCACGGCGCCCCCUACUGGCGCCCCCUGCCGGAGCGGAGGCCGCAGGUGCUGCGCAGUGAGGCUGGCGGCAGCGAGGGGAGCGGGCACACCGGUUAAAGCCGAGUUACGAGCAAGAUUAGCAGUUUCAGCUUCUCGUAGGUGGCCCGCAGUCCAGCGUCCGCGUGGCCACCGCCAGCAAAUCUUGGUGCUGUAUCAGGGUGACAGAUGCUGCUUUGGACCCAGCACCUGUCGGUCAGCGUGCGGUCACUUCCAAAAGGUAUAAAGGGCAUAUACUGCUUUGGCUUAGGGGUAAACAGUGACCAGCCUUCAUGUACAUUACUAGCUGACUUCUGCUGUGACCUGCAGAGCACUUAAAAAUUUGUAAUAGUGCGUUUUUUAAGUACAAAGGAGGCAUUUUCAAUGGCAUGUUUUGCUUUUGUUUGCAUUUGUAACCCAGAAGAACCAGCUCUUCAGCUUGUUGCUGGUAUGCUGCAUCAACUUGCUCUGCCACAGCGUAAUCGACUAACUUGCAAGAAUAGCCAUGUUCAGCACGUAACACAGAUGGAAGACAGGCUGGGAAAAAUACAUUUUAAAAAAAAAUCAGAAUUUCUUUUCUCAGGGUUCUGUUUUUCUAGCAAGUGGUAAGAUGGUAUAUAUUGCAGUUUUUUUUUUUUUUCUUCCUGGAUGUUUUAUAGGUGCAGGGUGCACUCAUUAAAUUUGACAGCUGUUUAAAGGUGUUCCUGAGGUUCACCUCUGCAGUAGCUUUCAAAGAUAUUUUAGGGGGCAAAAAAAAUCAGCUUAAAGCUAAUUUAAUUAAUUGGGGGAGGGGGGGGGCUGCAGAGAGUAACUGCUUCUUAAUGUACAUGCACUGCAUAGAAUCUAGAAGAAUUUGCUGUGGAUUCUUUAAAACCUGUGUGCUGAUUAGCUCAGUGUAACGUUUUUGUGGUAUUGAAGAAUUCUUCAAACAUCUGUGGUUUGAUUGACUUGGUAAACUUGUAUUCUGUAAAGUGCCAUAGACCUUUUUUUUUUUUAUUUGUAGCAUAUUUAAAAAAAAUUAUAUAUAUAUAUAUACACAGACUUGUGUGAGAUGUGCAAUACCAGGAAUGGGUUUUGUUGUGGGUGGUGGUGGUUUCUUUCCUUAGUUUUUGCUUUUAAACAAGAUAUUUGAAAACAGAAUUCCCAGAGGAAAAAAGUGGCUGGAGUUUUCAUGGUGUGGACAAACUAAGGCAUAGAGUAACACAACAGAAUCACUGAUUUUGAAGAUUAAUACAAUAGUAGUAACAGCAGCUUAAAGAUUUAACAAAAAAUCUCUUAUAGAUUGAUUUGAAAUACUCAGAUUAUAUAAUACAGACAGUUCAAAUGUGAAGCUCUGUCCACCUCUGGCAAUAUACAAUCUAAAAACUGAAAAGGCUCAACAAAGUUUCUUAAUGUGCUUUGUUUAUAAUGUGGCACUGCAAAAAACAUUGCUACUGAGCUAUUUCUCAGUUGUCUGUAUCACCUUUGUAUCUAUUUUACUCAAUAAAGUUCUCUGGAUUCUGA